GAGCUGGCUUGAGUGGUUCCCCUGCUGCUUUGAGUCUCGGACCAGGGUCCAGGCACACUCUGAAGAAGAAACUUGACAAGGAAACCCUUUGGUGUCAGUUGGAAAGGACUCCAAGGGACACCACAAUAACAACAACAACAGAGAGAGAGAGAGAGCUGGGGAAGAAGUUGGGCAGGUCACACUCUCUCAGCCACAGAGGGAGGCAAAGGCGAACCCCAUCUGAAGAAGAAACUUGCCAGGGAAACCCCAUGAUAGGGUCGCCUUAAGGUCUCCAUAAGGGAAGCAACUUGAAGGGACACAACAACAACAACAACAACAGAGAGGUGGAAAGAAGAUCCUCUCUUUCUCUCUCCCUUCCUGGGCUGUUGGUUUACCCAGUGGAUGGGGGACUGAUGGCCAAAGGAGGAAAACACCAGGGCAUCCCCACACCUGUCAGCUUGCCUGAGAAAGAAGAAAUGGCACAACAGCAGCAUCAGUGGUGUCCCCUUCCCUCGGUGUCCCCUGGGGGCCCUGCUGCUGCUGCCCCAUCUCCAUCGCCGCCCCCUGAAUACAUCCAUAGCCUCCCUGCCUGGGUCCUGGAGGACUUCUGUCAGAAAAUGGACUGCCUCAACGACUACGACUGGAUGCGCUUUGCAUCCAAUGUGAUAACUGACCAGACUGAGCUGAGGAAAAUAAAAUGCAUGGAAAAGGCAGGAAUCAGUAUAACAAGAGAGCUGAUGUGGUGGUGGGGAGUGAGGCUUGCAACUGUCCAACAGUUGCUGAACCUUCUGCAAGAACUGCAGCUCUAUCACGCAGCCCAGGUCAUUGCUUACGGGACAUCUCUCUCAUUUGCCCAUGAUUCUGUGAGGCCCUCUCAACAGUGGAAUUCAUCACUACAUCCAACUGGGAACAAACAGAAAAAGCUACCAAAUGAGCCAGAAGUACUACCACCACCAGAUUCAGAUCCUGUUUUAAAAGCAGAUGGAGGCAUUCGUCCUUUAUCUCCACCACCAAUUUCUGUGGACCUUCCCCAUUCCUUACGUUCAAAUGUAAAGCCCUGCAGUGCGUCUGUUUCUCAACAGGAAAACAUUCCUAAUUUUCCUAAAAGCGUCAGCCCAUUGUGGUCAUCAGGUGAAGUGGAAACUGCCACCAGUGGCUUCAGUGAGGAAAACCGAAUUAGUGAAGGCAUUUUUGCUAUCACCUACAAAGGUCGGAGAGACAGUACAACAUAUGUUGUUAAAAAGCUAAAAGAGAAUCAGACACAAAGAUUUUUUCACACAGAAGUACAGAUCUAUUUUCGGUGUUGUCACCCCAACAUACUACAGCUUCUAGGCUUCUGUGUAGAAAGUGUUUUUCACUGCCUGAUAUAUCCCUACAUGCCAAAUGGAUCACUAAUGGACAGGCUACAGUGUCAGGGAGGUUCUGAAUCAUUAUCAUGGGAGAAACGCAUCAAAAUCUCUUUGGGACUUAUUCAAGCCAUUCAACAUUUACACCAGUUAAGAGUUAUUCAUGGGAAUGUGAAAAGUUCCAAUGUUUUGCUGGAUGCAAAUUUUGCCCCUCAACUUGGGCAUUCUGGUCUCAGGUUGCACCCUGUGGAGAAAAAGUCUAAUCGUGCUAUGAUGAAAACCAAAGUCUUGCAAGCUUCUCUAGCUUAUUUCUCAGAAGAUUUUGUCAGGCAUGGGCAGCUAACAGAAAAAGUCGACAUAUUUGGUUGCGGAAUAGUUUUAGCAGAAAUAUUGACUGGCAUGAAGGCAAUGGAUGAAGACAGGCAUCCUGUUUUUUUGAAAGAUGCUCUCCUUGAAGAAAUAGAGGUGGCAAAAGAUCUGUCCUCUUCUCAGGAAAGAACAUUUGAAAGACUUGCUGCAAUGGAAAUGUGUCGCAAAUAUCAAGAUAAGCAAGCAGUUUGCUUGCCAGAAACAACCACUGUUUGUUUGGCUAUGGCUAUUUGUGUUUGCCUAAGAAAAAAGAAAGCUGAUCUGGCUGAGGUGAAUGAAAUUGUGAAAAUGGCAGAUCAUCAAAUACAGCAUCAGAAGAUGCUUCAGGGAAGCAGCUAUUUUGGACUGUCUGUCAAUAUCCCAGAAGAAACGAAUGAUGAGCCAGCUAGUCCCUUCACUGAUAGCUUCUCCAGCAAUCUCAAUUAUAAAAGUAAUGUGAAUUCAGCAUCCCUGAAUUGUAAAUAUUUGUUACCACCUUUGACAAGAGCUGUGCCUCCUGAAACAUAUUCUGGGCAGCUGUUACGAGUCCCUUGUGAGUCAGAUGAAUCAAGUAACUUUUCUUGGGAUCCUCUGAAGGAUGCUGGCUGCCAGAUACAAAGCAACAGCCAUCAAGAUUUAGAAAACAUUUCCUUGGCUACGCCUCUGACAAAAGAUCUAGAUUAUAGCAAUGACUUUACAGCAGAAAAUAUGGACUUCGACAGAAGUAUGAAGCCUCAAGAAGCAAGAGCUUCUUCAAACAAAAUUACUCCACCAAACAGAGAAAACACUGCUGCUGACUUUUCUUCACAAGCAGAAGCAAACGAAAUAAAGAUCAAUCAAUCAAAGAAGAAAUUGAUGGAGAAGAUUGUAUUAUAUGAAGAAAAGAAGAUAAACAGUUAUGACCUCUUCAAAUCUUCAGUCUAAUGAAGUCAUCUUCAGUGGAAUUUUCCAAAGAUUAAGCUAUGUUCGCUGCAGCAACUAAAACAAAGUCAAUUAUGCUGGAUUUAUAUGACUGAAAAAUAUCUUAAUGUUAUGAGUUGGGAGCAUUCUUCUGAUGUGACUAGAAUCAAAAGAACUCUUCGCCACUUUAUAGGUGAGAAUUAGAUAUCUUUUAGUAGACACCCUGCUUGAAACUGCUACCAAUUUCUUUCUCUCCGUCUCAGCGGUGCUACAGGAUCUCUUUGUAUACAUCUGGGAUGUCUCUCAAAAUCUACAAGCAGACAUGAACAUUUGAGCACAGUUACAAUGUACUGUAUUAGGCAUCUGGCAUAAUAAGCUUUUGUCAGAAGAAUACCUAUGCUAGAAAACAACUGUAAUACAUACUCAUUAUUGUGGACUCAUUUUCCAAGUGUGGAAGCUAUUGUAACCAACACAGUACCAUCUGGUCUCAAAAAGAAGGCAUCAGCACACUUCCAAGGUCCAAUUGUUCUUAGAAGAAAAAGAUACAAUGCAGCAAAGGACCACUGCUAGUCAAGCCUGAGUUAUGCUGCAUGGACAGAGAAUACUGACUGGUUGUUGGGGUGGGGGGUGGGGAAUGAAAAAACUAUUAUUUUUGUGCAUUGAGUAUUCUGGAAAGAGUUAUGAACAGAAACUCUCCAUAGAAUAAACAUUUGCUGCAAGUCCCAUGUGAUAAAACCAAACAGCCCCAACUGGAUGGUUGUAAAUCCCAUAACAUUCUAGAAAGCACACUAGAGAGAGAGAUGUUCACAUAAGAAGAGCCCAACCCUUGUCUUUACAAAGGUUGAUUAGAGGUAUGUCCCUUACAUCUUCUGAAUUUGUAUUGUUUACAGCAGUGAUUCUCAACCUGUGGGUCGGGACCCCUUUGGGGGUCGAAUGACCCUCUCAUGGGGGUUGCCUAAGACCAUUGGAAAACACCUAUUUAAUUACAGUUAUAAAGUAGCAAUGGAAAUAAUUUAAUGGGUUUGGGUCACCACAACAUGAGGAACAGUUUUAAAGGGUCGCGGCAUCAGGAAGGUUGGGAACCACUGGUUUACAGUAUUGUGACACACCAGAUAUGAACUGACAUGGCAAAUGCUACAGGAUUACUGAUCCAGCAGGAUACAGGGAAACAGGUUUUCACACUGAGAUAGUACUUCCUAAUAUAUCCAUGCCUUUGCAAAAUUAUAUUACAAAAUUAAGCUAUCCUCUCACUUUGCAUCAGUGCAGUUUCAAGGCUGAGAAUUGUGUGGCCCUGCAGAUGUAAUUAAACUGCAGUUCAGAGUUGCUUAUAACUGGCUAUGCUGGCCAGGGUUACAGGGAGUUGCAAUCCAACAAUAUCUGAUGGGAACACAGUUCUCACCCCCAUUUUGGAUGCUGUGGCUUCAUCCAGCUCUUGGUACUGAUCUGGUUUGGGAAGUAGGAAACUGAAUGUUUCAUUUCACUGCCUCAGUAACAAGUACAGCUAAGAUUUUAAACUGUAACAGAAGGAAACACACACACACCCCAUUUUCAGACUGAGAAUAUGUCCAAUUAAUGGGAAGUAGGGACAGUCAACAGCAGGCAGCUGGUUCUCCAUUCUGGUCAUAUGGCUGGCCAUUGUUGAAAUAGAUUCUUGGACUGAUCCUUCAGGAUUAUUCUUCUUUUUGUGUCUCUCCACUAAGGCAGGAAUAUAACAUACUGAUCAGGGUCUGGCUAUAGAGUGGUUUGGAAGAAAUGUUAAGAGAAAACUUGAAUAAAUAGUCCUGCCUACUUUUUUUAAAAAUGCAUCAUUGUCUAAUUUACAGAACAUUGUUCCAACAUUAUAUGGCCAUUCCCUUUUCUAAUAUGAAAGACUGUUUAGGUGUGCUUUGCUUCAGUAUGAAAACAGCUCAAACUCCAUAUUCAUAUUUGGGCAACAUUUAUUCAAAAUAGUGAACACAGAACAGAUGUUUUGCUAUCCAUCUGGGCAAACAGAACUUGAAAACAAUGAUUGAUAUAAAUGUUAAAUGGUUUAGGUUUGGCAAAGUAGAAUAUCUGUUUCUUGAUCAUCUGGUUUUUGUGUUUCUUUGGCACAGAAUUCAGAAUAAAAUUAUUAGCAAUGCAUUCCUGUGCAUGUUUACUCAAAAUUAAGGCCUGUUAAGACUAAUGGAGCAUAUUCCCACAUAAAUGGGAUUAUUGUCUAAAUCAGCCCAAGAGAUCAGUGGAUAGUGAAACAAAAUUUGAUCCUAUGCAGGAGGCAGCAUUCCAAAGCCUUAAAUAUACCUAAAGAUCUCAGCUAUGAAAGAACAAAUGGAGAGACAGGAAGUGAGGGAUCAGUCCAGAAGCUGGCAGAGGAAAAUCAACGAAGUGGGAUGGCAGCAGCUAGUGUUUCUUUCAGGCCAGACAUUCGAGACAGCUCUGACAAACGGAUCUGGUACUUCACUUGCUUGUGUUCUCCAGAGAAUCAGCAUUAAUUAAUUCAUAAUUGUUGGAUGUGUCAGAGGAAUGGGGGCAUAUGCAACAUACAUAUUGUAUUGGUUUUUCUUUCUUUUCUAGUAACCUGACCUUACCAGAUAAAAUACACUUAUUUAUUCACUAGCAACAAAGUUCUUUACAAAGUAAAAUAAUAUAUUUAUGUUGGAAAUAUUUUAUAGCAUAUUUUGUAGUUUAUGGUUCUUAUAAGUAAUGAUUCCUAAAAGACUUGUAAAUCUGAAUUUUGAUACAUAUUGACAUUCUUUGCAUUCACUGUACUUUCUUCUCUUAUUAAUUUCACUUACUGGAAUUUUUAUUUUAAAAAUGCAAGUGUUCAGUACAGUCUUAUAGAUAUGUACUCAAGAAGUAAUCCCCUUAAAUCCAACAGGAUUUAUGCCCAGGUGAGUGUGCAUAGGUUUACACCCUGAAUCAUCAAAACAAUAAUAGAAGACUAUGCACUGCUAUAUAUUUUCCUUCAUUCUCCAUAACCCUGUGCUGUAGUGUAUAUUACAGAGUCUUUGCUUCAAAUGCAUAGAUUAACUAUACGUUUAAAAUAAAGUAUUGGAACUGUUCUGUGAAUGCAGUCCAUAAUUGUCUACUA